CUGUCUUCAAUUCACUCUUUGCUCCCUGGACGCGAGACACCACCGCUACUCUUGAGAUACUUCGCCAAUUUUUGGGACUUUUCAAACAUGGUCUCCGCGAUUUAACUUAGUUUGCUUGGUUGCGUUACCUCUGAUUUACCCUUGCGUCUAUUUUUCUUCAGCGAGUGAGAAUGGAUAUCUUUUUCACUUCAGUGCUUAUUUUCUUAAUUAACGGGAUACAAGCUGCAUCCCGUUAUGGAAGAGACCUCAUGCCAUACAUGCCGAACGUGUGCCCUGAGCGCGAGGUCAAACUGGUGGCACAGAAGCAGCCAUGUGUCCAGGCCUUCUCACGCAUGGUGAAGGUGUGGAAGCAGGGCUGCGUGGGCCAAUCCUGGUGCAUGAGAUACGAGAGAAGAACCGCUUACUAUACGGCGUUCAGGCAAGUGUACCGACAGGACUACCAGACUGUGUACAAGUGUUGCCCAGGAUGGUCCCGGCUCAACGGGGAAGCAGGCUGCCUGUAUCCGGUGUGCAGCUACGGCGUCUGCUUUAAUGGCGGUGUGUGUCGAGAGAGCUCCACCCAGCUCUGUGACUGUGCUGCAGGAUUCUCUGGGGCCAGUUGCCAAUAUGACGUGAACGAAUGUGAGGAGACCAACGGGGGCUGUGAGGCGCUCUGCUGCAACACCAUCGGCAGCUUCUACUGCAAGUGCCCUGCCGGACAGGAGCUCCAGGACGACGGGAAGACCUGCAGGGAUGUUGACGAGUGCCAGGUCCAUAACGGGGGCUGCCAGCACAGAUGUGUCAACACCAGAGGCUCCUAUCACUGCGAGUGCAACCCGGGGUUCCGACAUCACGUGGACGGACGCACCUGCAUCGCUGUAAACUCCUGCAGCCUGAGCAAUGGAGGAUGUGAGCACUUCUGCGUCCAGCAGUCUGCCGCCCACUUCCAGUGCCGCUGCCGACACUACCAGCUCACCGACGACGGGAAGCACUGCAGAUUGACGAACCCGUGUAUGGAGAAGAAUGGAGGCUGCAUGCACGACUGCCACAGCGAUGGCGGGAGGGCGCACUGUGACUGCCGGACUGGAUACAAGCUGGCAGAGGAUGGCAAGACAUGCCGAGACAUUGACGAGUGCCAAACGACAGAGGUGGCGUGUGCCCACGGCUGCCAUAACACACCGGGCUCCUACGUGUGUGUGUGCAGCGCCGCCUACGAGCUGGGCACAGAUGGCAAACAGUGCUACCGGAUUGAGAUGGAGAUAGUCAACAGUUGUGAAACCAAUAAUGGCGGAUGCUCUCAUACCUGUCAACACUCCAGCAGUGGACCUGUUUGUUCCUGUAACCAAGGUUACCGGCUAGAUGAGGACUUCAAGACCUGUAUUGACAUUGAUGAGUGCAGGAACGGCAGCUCAUGCUGUGUGCAGGACUGUACCAACUACCCCGGGGGUUAUGAGUGCUACUGCUCGGCAGGCUACCGCCUCAACGCGGACGGCUGCAGCUGUGAUGAUGUAGAUGAGUGUCUGGCGGAGAACGGAGGAUGUGAUCACACGUGUCAGAACACUGAUGGGUCCUUCCAGUGCCUCUGUCGCCGUGGACACCACCUGGACGAGGACCGCCGCUCCUGCCUCUUGGAGAGGCCCCAGCCACAACUCACACUCCUCCAUGAUUACGCCCAAUCACUGGAACCGCUGGAACGCUAUGACGACUAUGAGGAUGACGACGCUGGUGAACUGCGCGCUGAGAGCACGCUCAAGGAGAAAUAUGCCUGUGACCCGGUGAGCGGGCAGUGCCGGUGCCCGCCUGGUGUCAGCGGGGAGCUGUGUGAGGACGGCUGCCCUAAGGGCCUCUAUGGAAAGAGCUGUAAUAAGAAGUGUAACUGUGCCAACAACGGGCGGUGCCACCGUACCUACGGAGCGUGUCUGUGUGACCCGGGCCUCUACGGGCGCUUCUGCCACCUGCCCUGUCCUAAGUGGGCGUUUGGUCCGGGCUGUUCGGAGGAGUAGUGUGUUCAGGAGAACACUCUGGAAUGCCAUCGUCGCCUUGGCACCUGCUCUUGUAAACCUGGUUACCAAGGAGACACCUGCAAGGAAGAGUGUGACCCAGGCUUGUAUGGAGCUGGCUGCCAGGCCAAGUGUGAGUGCCCGCCUGGCGUGAGCUGUCAUCAUGUGACCGGCGCGUGCCAGCGGCAGUGCCCUGCCGGGAAGAGGGGUGACGACUGUGAUCAGGACUGCCCCGAGGGGAAGCACGGGCUGGGCUGCUCUAAGGCCUGUGACUGCACCGGCUCUCCCUGUGACAAGGUGACGGGCCAGUGCCUCUGUGUGGACGGGACCGUGGGAAGGCGCUGUGAGAAGGUGUGUGAGGAUGUCCGCUGGGGCCCGGGCUGUAAGGAGAAGUGUCCCCUGUGUGAGAACAAAGGCGUGUGUGACAGACAGAAUGGCACCUGCCUCUGCCCCUCCGGGUACAUGGGGAGACUCUGCCAGAACGUGUGUCCUGCUGGUCGCUUUGGGCAGGGAUGCCAGCAGCGAUGUGUGUGUGAGAAUAACGGACGAUGCCACCCUGUGACUGGACGCUGCCACUGUGCACCUGGAUGGACUGGGCACAGCUGCAGGAAAGUGUGUGAGUCUGGCCAGUGGGGGGCAGACUGCGCUGAGUCCUGUGACUGCAGGAAUGGGGACGGGAGCUGUGAUGCGGUGUCAGGUCUGUGUCACUGUGAGGCUGGCUUCACCGGACCGCGCUGUGACCAGAAAUGCCCUGCGGGUUCUUUCGGACCACGCUGUCGCCAGCGGUGUCAGUGUGACAACAGGGCGUCAUGUGACCAUGUCAGUGGGGCGUGCACCUGCAAAGUGGGCUGGACCGGAACCUACUGUGAGAAAGCAUGCCCUCAGGGCUUCUUUGGUCUGGACUGUCAGCGGAAGUGUGUGUGUCUGAACGGAGGCAGCUGCAACCACACCACUGGAGAAUGUGUGUGUCCAGCGGGUUGGCUCAGACCUCAAUGCAACCAGACGUGCCCUGCUGGUUUCUAUGGUGAUGGCUGUACCCAGAAGUGUCUGUGCCAGAACAAUGCCACAUGCAAUGCUGCGAGCGGGCAAUGUGUGUGUGCGGCCGGCUGGAAAGGAGUGCAGUGUUCAGAGGUGUGUACGGUGGAGUUCUAUGGAGUGGACUGCCUGCAGCACUGUCUCUGUCAGAACAGGGGUACCUGUGACCCGAGCAGCGGCCGAUGCACCUGCCUCAAAGGCUGGACGGGCACCGCCUGUGAGCUGGCAUGUGUGCCUGGUAGGUUCGGAGCAGACUGCGAGCAGGAGUGUGAGUGUGAGAACGGCGGGCAGUGUGACAGACAGACGGGCCGGUGUGUGUGCCACCCAGGAUGGGUAGGAGAGCACUGUGAGACAGUGUGUCCAGCGGGCAUGUUUGGAGCCAAGUGCCAGCAGAAGUGUGUGUGUGAGCACGGAGCUCCAUGCAAUCACAUGACUGGGGUCUGCAUCUGCCCCCCCGGCUGGAGGGGCCCCAGGUGUGACAGAGCAUGUCUUCCGGGCUCGUACGGUGAGGGGUGUUUCCACAGGUGCUCCUGUUCUCCAGGCUCCUCCUGCCACCACAUCACUGGGGCCUGUGGCUGCACACCUGGACUCACUGGCAACGGCUGUGAGCAGACUUGCCUCCCAGGCACCUUCGGCCUGAACUGUAACCAGGUGUGCCUGUGUUCUGAGACUAACCAGCUCUGCCACCCGGUGUCAGGAGUGUGCUACUGCGCCCCAGGCUUCAGAGGCCCAAAGUGCAAACAGGAGUGUGAGGAGGGAUGGUACGGGCCGAACUGUGAGCGGAGGUGCCAGUGCCAGAAUGGGGGGGUGUGCCAGACUACGGAUGGCACGUGCCACUGCCCGCCUGGGUUUAUCGGAGCCCACUGCAACGUCUCAUGCCCUGUGGGUCGCUACGGGCAGGACUGUGCCAGCGUGGCGCUGUGUGGUGAAGGGGCACAGAAUGAUCCCGUCACUGGCAGAUGUGUGUGCUCACCAGGCCGACAGGGGGAGGACUGUGGACAAGGCUGUGCUCCAGGCUGGUAUGGCUUAGACUGUUCUCUGCGCUGUAACUGCAGUAAUAAUGGUGUGUGUGACGCUGUGUCUGGAAACUGCACCUGUCAGCUGGGCUGGACGGGACUACACUGUGAAACAGGGUGUCCACAGGGGACGUUUGGGCCUAACUGCGUGCACAGGUGUGACUGUGAGCACAACAGCACUUGUGACAGAGUCAUGGGCACGUGCCAGUGUGCGCCCGGAUACUACGGCCACCGCUGUGAACAUGCGUGCCCUCCCGGUUGGCAUGGCCCUCGCUGCCAGCUACAGUGUGACUGUGGAAACGGAGCCAGUUGCCAACCCAGCACGGGCCACUGUGUCUGCCCACCCGGGUACCAGGGCACCCGCUGUGAGAAAGAGUGCGAUCAGGGCAGGUUUGGGCAGAGCUGCUCUCAGGUGUGUGAGUGUGAGGAGGGGGUGCCGUGUGAGCCGCUCCGAGGGAGGUGCCUGUGCACAGCGGGGAAGACAGGGGCCAGGUGUGACACAGACUGCAGAGUGAACCUCUAUGGGCCGGACUGCGGUCUGAGCUGCGAGUGUGAGAACGGCGCCCAGUGUGACCAGAGGAAUGGCCAGUGCACCUGCCUCAGCGGCUGGAUCGGACUCACCUGUCAGGAGGGAGUGCCUCCCCAACAGCAACCGAGAAACACAGAUGACCAAUCACAGCAGAGCAACUCUUUAUAGCCCCACCCACUGAUUGGACACCCCCCCUUCCUUCUGUGCACCAAUGCGAGGGCAGCAUGAGCCCCUCGACCCAGGAAGAGACUGGAGAAGAUCAGUUUCAUCAGGAUCUCAGUGGGAUAUCCCCUGCAAGUGAAACACCCUCAGCAGGAACCAUGAUGAACACACUGACACUCAGAUGAGAAGGGAUUGUUCUACGUGAUGUGUGUGUAUUUAUGUGUAUGUCUGUGUGUGCAUAUUUGCACACAGCCUGUUAAACUCAUGUGGCUGGUUCCCCUUUGCGUGGAUGAAGGACGCUGUCUCAGUGAACACGGUGCUCAGGGUUAGUGUAGCGCUAAUAGUAUGCUGCCUCCUGUAGGUCGGACUAUGAACUGCAGCCACCCAAGCAGCAUCAACAACUUCAGUUUUGGGGGGCGGUCAGGUAAAGGCUUUCCCCUCCGCUGGGGGCCACCAACGGACAGAGCAGCCGAGUCCAGACCAGAUCUGGCCCAGAUGUGGGCCACGUCUUCUCUGGAGUCCGCUUCUUCCCGGGCUUCCUUGCAUGUCCAGCUGCAGGAGACUCCACCCUGCGAGAGUCACGUUUGGAGACACGGAGCACUUUACAACGGGAGCCUCGACCACAGAAACACACACACCUGUUUACCUGCAGCGUGUCUAGCCAAACACACACACCUGAUGACCUGCAGCGCGUCCAGCCAAACACACUGCUCCUGCGGGACUCUUUUCAAGCAUACUUGACGCAACACAAACUUUUUUCAUCUGCAGAUUUUAAGAUGUAUAGCGGAUAUCAAUGCACUCUUAGUAAUUAAUAUACAAAGGAGUUUGCUUACAGGGCAGUUUCAUCCAUUGUGGCCCCUUUUUUUAGUGCCAAUAUUCCUACAACUAUCUUCAUUUAGAUAUUCAUCAAGUUGGAAAAAUAGUUUGUAAUAAUUGAUGUUGAGCCUACAUACUGAAGUGUACCUUCCUUAAAUGACCCACAUCUACAGAGAAAUACUGGGGACCAGUGAACACCCCCCCCCGCCUGACAGACAAGAGUUCACUGCCUUAGCAGUACGUCACGUCCCAGACUGUGACUGAAGUAAAUUCAUUUCCCUUUAAAAGAAAACUACCACACGAAUACUGCCGAAUGCAGUUAUACAUGUACCGAGCAACCUGGAUGAUUUAUCCUUUAAUUCUUCUUCUGAUUUUUCAUGUUUAGAUCAGGGAUGUGUUCUAUCUACAUUAACAUGCUCAUGGCUAUUACCACGAAAGGCAACCAACUCCCCAUCAUCUACUCUGCCUCUAUGUUUCUAUAUUUCUUAUCAAAUUACAUAUUUGUAUAAAUAGUCGCGUUGUGUAUUUAUAUUCCUGAUGAUGAGUAUUAUAUUUUAUGUGAAAUCUACACCUUGAAUGAUCAGCCAAGUCUAAUCUAAGCACAUUGAUGAUAUAAAAUCUGAAUGAGGAGGAAUGUGAAGUGUCUGAGUAAUUCUGUGUGUCCUUUGACGGCUGUGUAACCUUGGCAUUAUAGUUUUGCCGUGUCGAGCCCCAAAUCCAGUAUUUCAGUCAGACUUGAAGGACUACGUGGCUAUAUGGUAAAGGUACACGGUACACUGCAGGAUACUACACCGUCGACUUGAAUUGAAUCAGAAUUCUGAGUUAUGAUGAACUAAAGAUUAAUUCAAUUUAGCAAUUAUUUAAAGAUUAAGCUUUAUCUUUUUGAAUAAGAUUAAAAACCUCAAAUGUUUUUUUUUCUUUUUUUUCAACUCUCAGGUACUCUUGGUUUCAGCCGUGGCAAGUUCUAAUUCCCUAUUCUAUGUCACAGUCCUGUGGAAUAAUACAGGAUUUAAA